AUGGCAUCCGCGCAACAAGAUGUGCAAUUGCACGACUUCUCCAACAUCUUCAGCCUGAAAGGCAAAGUCGCAGUCGUGAGCGGUGGAUCACGAGGUCUUGGUCUACACGCAGCAUCUGGCCUCCUCCAAGCUGGCUGUUCCAAAAUAUUCAUCACUUCGCGCAAAGCCGACGCCUGCAACGCUGCCGUCGCAGCUCUCAAUGCACUUCCCAACAAAGAACCUGGAGCCCAAGCCUAUUCCAUCCCCGCGGAUAGCUCCAAGAUCUCUGAAAUCGAGCGUCUAGUGCAAGAAGUUAGCAAACACACCGAUCACGUGGACAUACUCUUUGCGAAUGCUGGAGCUACGUGGGGCAGCAAGUUUGAAGAGACGGAUGAAAAGAAUGGGUGGGAUAGGGUUAUGGAUCUCAACGUCAAGGGCGUGUUUUUUACCAUACAGAAAUUCACACCUCUGCUCACAAAAUCCGCAUCAAUCCAAGACCCCUCGCGCGUCAUUGUAACAGGCAGUGUAGCAGGAAUUGGCACUGGUUCUCUCGGCGAAACAGGUGCCUGGUCGUAUGCUGCUUCCAAAGCUGCAGUCCUGCAUCUUGCACGUAACCUCGCUGUUGAACUAGGGCCCAAACACAUUCUCGUUAAUGGAAUCGCGCCCGGAUUUUUCAUGAGUAAGAUGGCGGGCGUAUUGAUGGAGAGAGCAGGUGGCGAGGAAGCGCUAGGGAAGAGCAAUCCCAAUGGACGGGUGGGAAAACCAGAGGAUAUCGCUGCUGCGGUUGUGUAUUUGAGUAGUAGGGCUGGUGGGCAUGUUAACGGGGAUACGAUUGUGCUUGAUGGUGGAAAGAUCCAUGGAAGUAACAAGUUGUAG